AUGAGCAAAUGGAAUUUUUUAAGAAGCAAAAUAAUAUGGCCUCAAGAAUUUUGUUAUGUGAUUGAAAAUGAAGGUUAUGAAAAUAAAUUUGGUUAUAGUUAUAUUGUAAAAUAUAAUGGAAACAUAGUUCAUAAAAAUUUAAAAAGGAAUUUAAAUAAUAUAGAAAAAUUAUUAAAUAUUACUAAUGAUAUAUGCAUGGAUAUAGAAGAGGAAAACAAUCGCCAUGAUUCAGAUGAUUUAGAAUAUGAUAUAGACGCUGCUUUCAGUGAAAUGAAUAAAGGCAAUCAAAUAAUGCUAAGAUUAAAUGAUAAAAAAGAAUUUCUUCAAGAUAAAAUUUCAAAAGUAAAUACGAUUAAUGAAAGAUUUGAUAUAAUAAUAAAAAACGAACCAACUUUUAUAUUUCGCUUAGAUUGGCCAUUUCUUGAUGUUGAAAGUAAUUAUUUAACUGAACACUUAAAAAGAGAGUUCUUUAAAGAAAAUAUGAUGAAAAAAAAAAAAAAAAAAAGUAAAAAUAAUAAAACAAGUGAAGAAAUAAAGUACAAAACUUAUCUAUACAAUAUAAAAAUAAUGGAAAGUGAAGAAAGUAUAAUUGAAAAUAGAGAGUUUUUCCAUUGUGAAUCAAAUAUUGAAAAUUUAAAAAUAUAUACAAUUAUUAAUGAAGGAAAGAACAUUAAAAACAUAUUAUAUGAAUAUAAAGAAUAUUGUAAAAAUACAUAUGUUUAUGAAGAAGACGAAAGUGCAAAUGAAAAAGAAAAUGAAAAUGAAAAAAAAAAAGAGAAGGAAAUUUGUUAUGAAAAAUUAAGUAUUCUACCUUAUAGUGAUAUUAUUUUAUUAAAAAAAAGAUAUUUUGAUAAAGAAAUUAAUAUAGCUGGAUUUUUAACUCCUUUUAUUCUAAGUGGUAAUAUAAAGAAUAUGAUUCAAAACAUCGAUCAGUAUUUAAAAUAUGAAUUUGAUAGCAAAAUGAUUUAUAAAAAUUUGUGCAAUAUCAUAAAACUAAUGGAUUACUUAGAAAAUCACAAUAUAAUACAUGGUAACAUAAAACCAACUAAUCUGUUCAUUAGUAAUGAUGGCUACAAUUUAUUAAUAGGAAACUUUAUUCCUAAAAUAAAGCUAGUAAAUUUUUAUUUUCAUGUCAUACAUAAAAAAAAAAAAACUCCAAAAUAUAUUUCUCCUGAACUCCUUUUUUAUUUAAAUAAAAAAAUUGAGAUUGUAAAAACAAAAAAAAAAAAAAUCAAACAUAUAGAAAAAUAUUUUAUCAAAAAUGAUAUUUUCUGCCUAGGGUUAUGCUUUUAUUAUAUUUUAACUAUGAAAGAGGAUAUAAUAAAUUAUAUUGAUUCCGAACAAAUCUUUCAAUUUAAAGUAGAAAAUCUUCAAAAAUAUAUAACAAAACCUAAAUUAUUUUUUCUUUUAAAAGAUAUGUUAACUUAUAAUCAUAAGCACAGGCCUUCAUGGUCUACUUUAUUAAAAUUAAUUAAUGAUAGUAAAAAAAAAAAAAAAAAUGAUGAAACUAAUUAA